AUGGCCACUGAGGUUAUGACAUUAUCGGAGAGGCAGAGGAAGCCAAAAGAUAUAAACCUGCCUCCAGAGAACGAACGAUUCAUAAGAGCUUGCUCGGAUAUUGCAAGCUUCCUGGUUCAAGACCAUGAGGCUCAGCAAGACCCGUCAAAGCCAAAGAAAGAUGUCAAUCUAAAUGCCUUGCGCGCGAAGAUGUCGAAGAAGCACCGGCUGAGCAAUAUUCCGCCACUCACUGCCAUUAUUGCCGCAAUCCCUGAACAUUACAAGAAGUACAUUCUGCCAAAACUAAUCGCAAAACCAAUCAGGAGUGCUUCCGGCAUAGCUGUGGUAGCUGUUAUGUGCAAACCCCAUCGAUGCCCGCAUAUUGCGUACACUGGCAAUAUUUGCGUCUAUUGUCCUGGUGGUCCCGAUUCUGAUUUCGAAUAUUCCACGCAAUCUUACACUGGCUACGAACCCACAUCGAUGCGAGCGAUUCGGGCACGGUACGAUCCAUUUGAACAAGCCCGCGGGCGGGUAGACCAAAUCAAGUCCUUAGGUCACAGUGUUGAUAAAGUUGAAUACAUCAUUAUGGGAGGGACGUUCAUGUCAUUGUCCGAGAGCUACCGAGAUGGCUUUAUUUCACAAUUGCAUAACGCCCUCAGUGGAUACCAGGGAAACAAUGUCGACGAGGCUGUGCAGGCGGGCGAAAUGAGCAACAUUAAAUGUGUUGGCAUUACUAUUGAGACGCGGCCGGAUUACUGCUUACAGCCACAUUUGUCUGCAAUGUUACGAUAUGGAUGUACGCGGUUGGAAGUUGGCGUCCAGUCUCUUUACGAAGACGUUGCACGAGACACAAACAGAGGGCAUACCGUUGCGUCAGUCGCCGAGACUUUUUGCCUUUCAAAAGAUGCGGGUUUCAAGGUGGUGAGCCAUAUGAUGCCAGAUUUGCCCAAUGUGGGUAUGGAGAGAGACUUGGAUCAGUUCAGAGAAUAUUUCGAGAACCCAGCGUUCCGGACCGAUGGCUUGAAAAUAUAUCCAACUCUGGUCAUCAGAGGUACCGGGCUGUAUGAGUUGUGGCGGACAGGACGUUACAAGAACUACACUCCCAAUGCUUUGAUUGACAUAGUCGCUCGGAUUUUGGCGCUUGUACCUCCGUGGACUCGUAUUUACCGUGUUCAAAGAGACAUUCCGAUGCCAUUGGUGACGUCUGGGGUAGAGAACGGAAACCUACGAGAGUUAGCGUUAAGCAGGAUGAAGGACUUCGGGACCACUUGUAGAGACGUCCGCACUCGAGAGGUUGGUAUCAACGAAGUCAAGAAUAAAAUCCGGCCAGCACAGGUCGAACUCGUCAGACGAGAUUACACGGCUAACGGCGGAUGGGAAACUUUCCUCGCAUACGAAGAUCCCAAGCAAGAUAUCCUCAUCGGUCUCCUUCGUCUACGCAAGUGUUCCAAAACGCAUACCUUCAGACCCGAACUUACUGGUCAACCCACCAGCAUUAUCCGUGAAUUGCAUGUUUAUGGAUCAGCUGUCCCGGUACAUGCUCGUGAUCCUAGGAAAUUCCAGCAUCAAGGAUACGGCACCCUUCUAAUGGAAGAGGCUGAGCGGAUUGCGAGAGAUGAGCAUGGAAGUACGAAAAUUAGUGUUAUCUCUGGAGUUGGAACCAGAGACUAUUACAGAAGACUGGGAUAUUGGCUUGACGGGCCAUAUAUGAGCAAGAUGAUCAGGCCUAGAGAUGAAGAUGAUAGUGAUGGUGACUUUUAA